GCGAUCCGCGAACGAUGGAACGCGUAGCUCGCUCGCGCAUCAGUCAUCCAGCAACAGAAGAGAGAGUGUUUUUAAACCUGUUUUCCAGCCAGAAUGUCAAAAGUGACGAAGUCUAGAUAGUGAAAUGAUGUCAAUCGUAUUACGGAAAAUUUAUUUGCAUUUUAUCGAAUCGUGAUCGUGAAAAUCCACUAGCGGGUGUACGCGUUAGGUGCUGGGUGAGGCGCUUUUCCGCGCGGUGUUAUUUUAUGCACUCAGUUUGCAUUGCAAAAUGUCGAAACAUGAUCGUGCGAAAUCGGGUGGCUUGCUGGAUACGCUGUUCUUUGGCCGACCGCACAAGAAGGGCGGCCGCGGUGGUUCUAGCGGCUACGGGAGUGGUGGGUUGGGAGGUGGCAGUGGCCACGGAGGCAGCUUGAACGGGGGAAGACCCCUGUCUGGGGUCGAAUCGGAACUGGUCAAUAUGGAAGAGAUAAGCAACGAAGUGAAACGGAUGACCGAAGCGGAAGUUAAUCAGAAAUUCCUCGAGAUUCUCGAGGACAUGAAUAUUCCGAAGGAUAAGCGGGAUCCGCUGCUGCUGAAGCCGCUGGACGAGAAGAGGAAAAUGAUACUGAUGCAUUUGAAAGGCAAAACCAACACCGAGCACCGUGCCAACUCGCGCUUCGAAAAGCCCAUCGACUACAUUCAGUAUCUCCGGGACGGGGACGUUACCAGCCGGAUCCCCAAGAUCCAACAAUGUGUGGAAAGUCUCCGGGUAGCGCUGACCAGCAAUCCCAUCAGCUGGAUCAAGGAGUUUGGCGAGACCGGAAUCGACGAGCUUGUCAACCUGCUCCGGUACUGCAAAUCGAUACCUCGGCGUCUGGAUAAGAUCGAAUUCGAAUGCCUACGAUGCCUGAAGGCCAUCAUGAACAACUCUUGGGGGUUGAAUGUUAUCCUGACGCCGGAUCAGCACGCAGCGGUCAUGCUACUGGCUCAGAGUGUGGAUGCCAGCAAGCCGCAUACGAUGUGCGAGGCGGUCAAACUGCUGGCGGCCAUUUGCUUGGUCAAGGAACGGAACGGGUACGAGAAGGUGCUGAAAGCCAUCACCAAUUGUACCAUGAUGGCUAGACCGGGAGGGGACCGUUUUAAGCCGAUCGUGGAGGGGUUGUUUCUGGAGCAUGAUAGGAACUAUGAACUAGCGUGUAAUACGAUGAUCUUUAUCAAUUGUAUUAUAAAUACACCGUCGGACAUUAACUUCCGGUUGCACCUGAGGUGCGAAAUGAUGCGAGCUGGGCUGCACGAUCGACUGGAUCAGCUGAAUCAGAUUGUGGAAAAGAGUAACAACGAGAAUCUGGAGAAGCAUUUCAAGAUAUUCAAUGCUUUUCGGGAGGAUGACUUUGAGGAAUUUAGCAAUAGGUUCGAUAACGUGCGACUGGAUCUGGAUGACAUGAAUGAGUGCUUCGAGUUGUUGAAAAACCUGGUGGUGGAUACGAGCUGUGAGCCAUACUUUUUGUCAAUUCUACAGCAUAUGUUGUUCGUAAGGGACGAUUACGUUUAUAGACCCGCUUACUUCAAAUUGAUAGAGGAAUGUGUAUCGCAAAUUGUGCUGUAUAAAGGUAUGUGCGAUCCGAAUUUUGAGAGUCGAGAUUUUCACAUAGAUACAUCUACGUUGCUGGAAGAUAUGGCAGAGAAAAGCAAACAGUUGGAGUCUAAGAAGAGUGAAGAUUUGGAAAAACGAAUGGAAGAAUUGCAGACGGCGAAGCAAGAAGCAGAAGCAAGGGUUGCAGCGUUGGAAGAUCGCUUGAAAGAGAUAGAAGCCACGGGAGUCAUAUCUCCUAAGGGGAAGAGUAAACUACCUCAGAUAAAUAUACCUCCUCCACCGCAGAUGCCCGGCAUGGGACCUCCUCCACCGCCACCACCACCGGGAAGUGGUGGAGGAGCAGCACCACCUCCCCCACCACCAAUGAUGCCUGGUGUUCCACAACCACCACCUAUGCCGGGAAUGAUUGGAGCUCCUAGACCUCCUCCAAUGCCGGGAAUGGGUCCACCGCCACCUCCAAUGCCCGGGAUGGGACCUCCAAUGCCUCCAGGGAUGCUAGGAAUGCGACCGAUGGUACCGAUGGUUGUUCCAUUACCACAUGGCUUGAAACCGAAGAAGAAAUGGGACACCGAAGGGCCUAUGAAAAGAGCAAAUUGGAAAGCUAUCAUCCCGCAAAAACUUUCCGAGCAUUCGUUUUGGGUUAAGGUGCAGGAGGACAAGUUGGCGGACGACGAAAUCCUUUCUGGUCUGGCAAUGAAAUUUUCCUCCAAACCGAUGAAGCAAAUGGAUAAGGAUUCGGUAGAUCGACCACCUUCCUCGAAAAAGAAUGUUGAUCUCCGUGUACUGGAUGGUAAGGCAGCCCAAAACUUAUCGAUCCUAUUGGGUGGUUCCCUGAAGCACCUGUCCCACGAACAAAUCCGAACGUGCCUUCUUCGUUGCGACACCACGAUUCUAGGGCCAAGUGUACUACAGCAGCUGAUACAGUACUUACCUCCGCCGGAUCAGCUGAAGCGGUUGCAGGAGAUACGGGCCCGUGGGGAAGCGCUGGCAGGACCGGAAGCCUUUGCAGCCACGAUAGGAGACAUUAAACGACUGGGAGCACGAUUGCAGAGUUUGAACUUCAAGCUGAACAUGCCUGAUUUGAUGCAGGACUGUAAACCGGACAUCGUUGCGGGAACGGCUGCCUGUGAAGAGGUCAAAAACAGUAAGAAAUUCGCGAAGGUGCUCGAAUUGAUUCUACUGUUAGGGAACUACAUGAAUUCCGGGUCCAAAAAGGAAGCUGCUUUCGGAUUCGAAAUAAGUUUUCUGCCUAAGCUGAGCAGUACGAAAGACUAUGAGAACAAGCAAACCUUGCUGCACUACAUUGCGGAUGUUGUGGAAAAGAAGUUCCCUGAAGCGCUUACGUUUCACGAAGACCUUUCCCACGUGGACAAAGCCUCUCGGGUCAGUUUAGACAACAUUCAGAAGACGAUGCGGCAGAUGAACAAUUCGUUGAAAAAUCUAGAAUCCGAUCUGAACAACAACAAAAUCCCUCAAAGCGACGAUGAUCGAUUUAUGGAAGUGAUGGGUCAAUUCUCCGUCGAGUGCCGAGCACAGGUGGAAGUGCUAGGGCGGAUGCUAUCCCAAAUGGAAACCCUCUUCCAGAGUCUCUCCGAGUACUACUGUUUCGAUCCAGCCAAAUACACCAUGGAGGAGUUCUUUACCGAUAUUCGAACGUUUAAGGAUUCCUUCGUCCAGGCCCAUUCAGAAAUUAUCAAAAUUCGAGACGAAGUGGAGAAGAGACGUCGUACACAGGAAGCCAAGGAACGUUCCCAACGGGAGAUACAGGAACGGCAGCAACGAAAGUUGGCCUUGGUCGACAUCGAUGCCGCUCAGACGCAGGAAGGUGUCAUGGACAGUUUGCUGGAGGCACUGCAGACGGGAUCGGCGUUCGGUAAUCGGGAUCAACGACGACGACGGGGGCCACGGCCUGCGGGAGCGGAGCGGAGGGCGCAACUAAACCGAAGCCGAUCGCGAACGGGAAUCACAGCCAAUGUAUUCUCCAGUCGGGAGAUGCUCUCGGAGUUGCUGGGACCGGCGUAGGAACUAGCUCGAGGUACAUAGGUGUACGUGCAGUGAGAUCGAGUCUGCUUAUAAUUAUAGAAAUAAAGCAUUUUAACACUGGGUUCAUUUUAGAAUACGAUAUCUAAAUUGUCAUUUGUUUUUGGUAUUUAUUAGCUUUACUGCAGAAAGCGAUAUUUUAUAUUUUUUAAAUUCAAACGAUCCACUUGAACCAAGUCGACGAAACAAUAAAAUUUCAAUAUUUUGUUUUAUGUUCCAUAUUGUUUCAUGCUUCAUUUUUAAUUGUAUCUUCUUUUAUAUCAAAAACGCACAUCAGCACUCGAUUGCAGACAUACCUAAUGAAUACCAAAACUGAAACGCAAUCAACAAAUUCGUAUAGGUAGAAUGCUUUUGCUUUCACUAUUAGAUAUCAUUCGAAUAAAGCACAAAACCGGGUGCAUUUUUUUUUCAUGAAAAUCAAGCAGUAUUCCGAACAGGAAAAAAAAGGCCUAUCAUAAAACAAAUAUUACAACAAAAAUAGUCGAAAACCGAAGUCGAACGAACCUGAGUGUGUGUUUACACUUUACUAUGCAACUAAACAGCCACAACGGUUUACAUUAUUACGGUGCCUAAAAUCGACAAACUAAUAUAAAAUUGUGUAUUGUAAAACCACUUCAAGCGCUUUUUGAACAGAAGAAAAAAAAAGACAUUUCCAAUUGGGUAGAAUGAGAGUUAAAUAUUACUGAAUAGAGCGAAAUCAUAUAAGGUUAGAAAUUUGUGGUUACGUUGCAAAACAUACACCCCUAUUCUGUAUUCCGUUCGAAACGGAUUUCCCGUACAGAAUAAAACAAAUGUAUGGGAAAUCCGUUUCGAACGGAAUACAGAAUAUGUGUGAUAAUCAGCCAUAUUCUCGUUUUCUUUCGAACCGUUUUCCGUUACGGUUCGAACGAAAACGAGAAUAUAGGUGAAUACAAUGUAUUACAAGCAUUAGAAAUCGCUAAAAAAAAAAAUAGUCGAAAAA